UGUGCUUCCUUGCCAGUCCAGACAAAUGGCCUCUGCUUAAGUUCCUCCUCAUUAACUAAUAUGAAGACAACAAAUGUGGUGACUAGAUUUGGGAUCAGAGGCUUUUAAAGCUUUUGAGAAGGGAGGCCUGCCCUCCACAGCCUCCCAACCGCUCUGACCCCACCCCAGGACCCUGGCACCUCUGGUUUAACAAGGACAAAGCCACCACCGCUCACCCCGGUUCCGCACACGCCCGACGAUGACUUCCGUCCCGGGCUAACCGGAAAGGCCAUGGGUGCUGAGAGAGCCCCCCAGAGCCAGCCAUGCACCCGGCGCCUCCUCGUCCUGGUCCCCAUCCUCCUCAGCCUGGCGGCCUCCCUCAACUGGAAGACUGCCCACAGCCAGUACCCCUUCGAGAAAUGCAUGCAGGAUCCUGACUAUGAGCAGCUGCUCAAAGUGGUGACUUUGGGCCUCAAUCGGACCUCGAGGCCCCAGAGGGUGAUCGUGGUUGGUGCCGGUGUGGCCGGGCUGGUGGCCGCCAAGGUGCUCAGUGAUGCUGGACACAAGGUCACCAUCCUGGAGGCAGACAACAGGAUUGGGGGCCGCAUCUUCACCUACCGGGACCCGAAUACGGGCUGGAUUGGGGAGCUGGGAGCCAUGCGCAUGCCCAGCUCGCACAGGAUCCUCCACGAGCUCUGCAGGAGCCUGGGCCUCAACCUGACCAAGUUCACGCAGUACAACGAGAACACGUGGACGGAAGUGAACAACGUGAAGCUGCGGAACUACGUGGUGGAGAAGAUGCCCGAGAAGCUGGGCUACAAACUGCGCCCCAGGGAGAAGGGCCACUCGCCGGAGGACAUCUACCAGAUGGCGCUCAGCAAGGCCCUCAAAGAUGUCAAGACGCUGGGCUGCAAAAAAGCAAUGAAAAAGUUUGAAAGGCACACGCUCCUGGAAUACCUCCUCGGGGAGGGGAACCUGAGCCAGCCGGCCGCGCGGCUCCUGGGGGACGCGAUGUCCAAGGACGGCUUCUUCUAUCUCAGCUUCGCCGAGGCCCUGCGGGCCCACAGCUGCCUCAGCGACCGGCUGCGGUACAGCCGCAUCGUGGGCGGCUGGGACCUGCUGCCUCGCGCGCUGCUGAGCUCGCUGUCGGGGCCGGUGCUGCUGCACGCGCCGGUGGUGGCGCUGACGCAGGGGGCGCAGGACGUGCGCGUGCACAUCGCGACCUCGCGCCGGGCGCGGAGCAUGAAGGCCCUGGCGGCCGACCUGGUGCUGCUGACGGUGAGCGGGCCGGCGCUGCGGCGCAUCAGCUUCUCGCCGCCGCUGUCUCGCAAGCGGCAGGAGGCGCUGCGCGCGCUGCACUACGUGCCGGCCACCAAGGUGUUCCUGAGCUUCCGCCGGCCCUUCUGGAACGACGAGCACAUCGAGGGCGGCCACUCCAACACCGACCGCCCGUCGCGCUUGGUAUUCUACCCGCCGCCGGGCGAGGGCGCGCUGCUGCUGGCCUCGUACACGUGGUCGGACGCGGCGGCGCCCUUCGCCGGCCUGAGCCUGGAGGACGCGCUGCGCCUGGCGCUCGACGACGUGGCGGCGCUGCACGGGCCGGUCGCGUACCGGCUCUGGGACGGCAGCGGCACGGUCAAGCGCUGGGCGGAGGACCCGCACAGCCAGGGCGGCUUCGUGGUGCAGCCGCCCACGCUCUGGCGAGCCGAAGAGGACGGCGAGCCGGACUACGACUGGGCGGUCCCCUACGGCCGCAUCUACUUCGCCGGCGAGCACACGGCCUACCCGCACGGCUGGGUGGAGACGGCCGUCAAGUCGGCGCUGCGGGCCGCGGUGCUGAUCAACAACCGGAUCAACCGCGGGGGCGGGCUGGAGCACGUGGUGCCCAGCCACCGCCCGUCGAAGUGCGACUUGGAAAGGGGGGAGGCCCCCCACCAUCCAGACCUACGUAUUUUGAACGCACCGUACACGAUCCACGAGAGGACCCAACAUUAAAGUAUUUUUGGAAAA